UCUCCUAAGACGGCGGCUUUUUAUUGGCCAGCCUUUGGCAGUUUGAAUUUGGUGGCGGCGGUCUCACGUCGCGUUAGCCUCGGAGUCGCUCCUUCUCGGCUGAAGCAACCAGGUUUUUCCUCAGCCCGGGUUUCAGAACCUGCAGCCUCUAUCGAAGCGCCAUGGCUCCGUCUAGGAAGGGCGGCAGUCGGGUGGCCAAGACCAACGCGCUGCGGAACCGAAAGCUCGCCUCCUUUCUUAAGGACUUCGACCGUGAAGUGCAAAUGCGAUCCAAGCAAAUUCAGUCAGACAGGCAGAACCUCCUCAAAGAGUUGGAUAACCUGUACAACAUUGAGAUCCUGCGACUCCCCAAGGCGCUGCGCGAGAUGAACUGGCUCGAAUACUUCGCCCUUGGAGGAAGCAAACGGGCCCUGGAAGAAGCAGCAACAGCUGACUUGGAUAUCACAGAAAUAAACAAAUUAACAGCAGAAGCUACUCGGACACCCCUGAAACUUGCCAAAACACGGAAGGUAAUGCAAGUGGAUGAGAUGAUAAUGGAAGAAGAAGAGGAAGAAAAUAACAAUAAGAAUCCUCAAACUGCAAGAGCUAAAAGGUGUCCUCCAUCCAAGAAGAGAACCCAGUCCAUACAAGGGAAAGGCAAAAAUAAAAGGUCAAGCCAUUACGCCACCGUUACCCCAGCUGUGGGCCGACUGGAGUUGUCUCUGGUGAAACCAACUCCGGGCCUGACACCCAGGUUUGACUCCAGGAUCUUCAAGACCCCGGGCCUGCGUACUCCAGCGGCCAGAGAGCGGAUUUACAACGUCUCUCUGAAUGGCAGCCCUCUUGCUGACAGCAAAGAGAUAUUCCUGACUGUGCCGGUGGGAGGCGGAGAGAGCAUGCGGUUAUUGGCCAGUGACUUGCAGAGGAUCGAUAUCGCACAACUGGAUCCAGAGGCCCUGGGAAACAUUAAGAAGCUCUCCAACCGUCUUGCUCAAAUCUGCGGCACCAUACGAACUCAAAAAUGAAGCUGCUAUUCCAAGACGGGACAAGAGGGGCCUUCAGUGGGCACUUCUGGGACCCUGAAGAAACCUCUUCCUUUUGGCUUACUGUUUGUUUGAGUGUGAAGUUCCAGAGCAGGGGGUGGUGUUCCUCUUGGAGAACUCAGGAAGCUUUACUUUGGGCACCUCCCAAGCCAGGUGACAAAGACACUGCCUCUGCGUCCAUACAGUCCAAACUUCCUGCCCUUCUCUGAACUGAAUUCUCCUUCCUGCUCUUAGAGCAGCCGCCUCUGCCUCCUGCAGCUCCGUGUCCUCUUUGCCCUGCCCCAACUCAGAGGAACCUCGUGUUCUCAGGAGGACUGCCAAUCACUCUCACCAGAGAGCCCUGUGCAGCUGGGCUCCCAGGCUGGGAGCUGUAAGCUCCAAGAAGGGAGCUCCACAAGAGGGUGGCUCAGAAGCUGGAAGGGACUGUGCGGAUGGGGCCAGGACCAGCCACAGCUGUGACCCCAGCAGGACACAUCUUCCCCCCGUACCCAUCCCCUCCCUCCUGCGGUGGCUGCUGCCGGGGCUCUGCAGUCUUAUGCCUGCCAUGCCCAGUAGUUUUGUCUCAAGCUGAUUUGUGGACCAGUAUUGUGUAUUAUCCCUGUUUACCAAAGACCAAAACUUGGUUUGAGGGCAGUUUCCAUGUCUUGCUCCUCUGCCUCUCCGGUUAGUUCAGUUAGUAGGAAUCUGGAUAAGGGAAUUGUAGGGUUUAGAUUGGUGUGGGGUUUUUUACAUGACUGGCUGCAAUUGAACUCAAAGCUCUCUAGUCUCUGCCAGUUCUGUAGACUUUGCCAAGCGCUUCUCUCUUAGAGACAAGGGGUUCACGGGGGAGUGAGUGUAGCUGGUGUCGGGGCCUCAUUCCGUGCGUUUGGCCUCUGCCCCCUGGUGUGGGCUGUCCAGUGGGCACGGAGACCCCUGCGCCCCAACCAGCCCUUCUGCCCCGAAGAAUCAUGGGAUAUGGUCCAAGAACGUGGGAGCCGAGAGUUCCUGCCCCCAGCUCGGGAGCACAGUGUUGUGUAUGUGGUUCUUUGUCGUACUUUGUACUAUUUUGCUACACAACCAUCCUAGUAAUCCAGUCCUGUCCAAGAUAUGUUCUUUUCAAGUUGUUUUUUCUCCCUUUCCUGAGACUUUUGUACAUAUUGUUUUUCUGAGUCGUGGUAUCUGUAAGCUGAUUUAUUCUGAUCAGAGCUACGGCAAGAUCCCGGUUUUCAAUAAAGUGUGGAUUUGGAUUUGUUUUUAA